GACGUGUCACCGCAAUCCGCCCACGAGAACACGCCCCGCGUGACGUCACGGCUCUGUUGCCACAGCAGCCCGUGGACCGCAGAGGAUCGUUGCCGUGACAACGCGGCCUAGUCCGGCGGGCCCCGCCUAUCUCUUUCCUCCGUCACUUUUCCACCUCCCCGCGUCAAUUGGAGACCUAAAAGCUGUCGAUUCGGACGCAGCUUUGCCCGCGCGCGUCUCUCGCUGCGACGGGGAGAGCCGGAAAAAAAAGAGGUGAAAUGUCUUCGACGGCAGAGGUACGGCAGGCGGGCAGGCUGGCCAGGCAAGGCGUAGGCUUCACCACAUCGAGUGGAGACAGGGGAGAGAGACAUGGACUGCAGCCGUCGGACGCCACGACCCAGCGGAGAGACCUAGCGGACAACGGUCUGCCAGGACUGCUGAAGCGGCUGGCGAGGAGCUGGGGGGAUCGGGGCGCCUUGGGGAACCUUGGGGGGGGGGCCCAGUUGUGCAGGGACAGUGAGGACCCCCCCCAGGAUCUCACGGAGACGCGGAGCAUCUCAGCAGAGAUCCUGCACAGCGUGAGAGAGCAAGAUGUGAAAUCAACGUGGAGAAGUCUCCAUCAAGAUGUGGAGUUGAGUCCUGAGAGACACGGGAGGGACGUGGAUCUGUCUGGUGUAGAAGUUUUGCUCCACACACUGGAGGCGUGCCCAGAUGAUGAGACUUGUCUUAACCUCCUCGUGGUUCUGGCCGAUCUCCUGCGAGGAGGCAGUGUGUGCCGUGUCUCCGCGCUGGUCUCGCUGGGAGCGUCCCAGUGUCUCCUGUCUCUCCUGGCUCGCGUCUCCGCUCCCUGUGGCUCCGACUCCGCUCCGCACAGAGAGAGACUUCUCUCUCUCGUCCUCACCUCCCUCGCCAGCCUUGGCAUUCGCGACAAGAAGUUCGCUGGGAGAGCACGAGCAUCUGGAACGCUCACCACCACGCUCACUAUCGCCAGACGCAGCUUCACCAGCCCCUCACUCACUAGCCCCUCACUCACCAGCCCCUCACUCACCAGUCCCACACUCGACAAUCACUCUCUCACCAAUCACUCCCUCACCAAUCACUCCCUCACCAAUCACUCCCUCACCAAUCAUUCACUCACCAGUCCCACACUCACGGAUUCUUCGCUCACCAAUCCCACACUCACUAGCCCCUCGCUCUCCAAUCACUCCCUCGCCAAUCACUCCCUCACCAAUCACUCACUCACCAGUCCCACUCUUACGGAUUCCUCACUCACCAAUCCCACACUCGCCAAUCACUCCCUCACCAAUCCCACACUCACCAAUCCCACACUCACCAAUCCCUCAUACUCCAGUCCCUCACUCCUGCUGGGGUCUCUACAGCUGAUGAGAGUUCUGGCCAAUAACACUACCAAUGCGUGUUUGCUGGGAAAAGCCGGAGCCUUGGAUCUGGUGAUGAAAAUCACAGCCAGCAGCACCAUACAGAGACCCACGGGCAUUACCAAAGCUGCAUUGGAUACCCUGGUGGGACUGCUUAAAGCAAAGACGAACGCCCGGCGCGCUGCCGAGCGGGGCCACCUGCGCACUCUGCUGCGCGUGUACCUAGCCUGGCACGGACGCGACGCGCGCCACCGCUACGCGUGGCUGCGGCGCGCCCUGCUGGCGGCGCUGGGGCGCGGGGCACGGACGCGGGCGGGGAGGGGCGCGCUGGUACACGCGGGGGCACUGGCGGCGCUCUACCACACCACACAGGCGGUGGUGCAGCAGCGCCCCACCUCAUGCUGCUCGGCGCUGGCUGCCCAGGCCUGCCUGGUGAUGCGCAGGGCCCAGCCGCAUCUCCGCCUGCCCCUCACCUCGCUCCACUGCCCCCUCGACUACCCCCUGCCCCCGCUGGGGUCCCCACAGGGGUCCACGGAACCCCCGUGGGGGUCCGCACAGCAGCAGCAGCAGCGGGACGGGCUGUCUACGUAG